GUCACACCGCCGACAAAACCCAAGUAGACGUGGGUUUAUUCUUCCGAGGAUAGUGGGUGACCGACGAGGGCUCGGAAGAUGGAGGGUAGCGGCACGGGAAUUAGCAGGCUCGACUGCUACGAGGAUAUGUUUAAAGAGAUAACCAGGAAAUUGUACGGCGAGGAUCCUGAUCACAGAACCUCAAGCGUUCAGAACGAGUUUGAGACUUCCGUUUCGUACAAGACCGAGGAGGACACCGGAAACGGGACCGAUGGUAGCGACGACGGGAACUGGACUUGCGAGGAGGAACCAUUGAAAGGAACCGAUGGAAGUCGUAUUGCUGCUUAUCACGCUGGAAAAGCAACAUGGAGGUGUUAUGAAUGCGGUUCGUAUGUGAUGGGUGGUGGGCCUCGCGACGUUGCAGAACAUUUCAUGGAACUUCAUUCAUCGAGAAUCCUCGCUGACGAAAGGAACAGACAUCACUCGCCGCGCAAGGACUAUUUGCAGACAGAGUUAAAAGUGGAAGACGUGAUAUCUUAUUUGGAGAGGUUGCGAGAAAGGGCAGAAAGAAGCGCUCCUCCGUCAAGAAGAACUCAAGAAACGCAGACAGUGCCCGCAGCUUUGCUACCGGUACCUUCCACCUUCCUGUUGCAAGAAUUGCCAUCCGCUCCUGCACCUCAACACUUGCACCAGAACGCCACAACAAUGACACCUACAUCGGCAUCGGUAUCGGCGAGCGGAAAGCGUUACACCUGUCCGUAUUGCCCGUACGGAACGGAUCGCCGGGAUCUGUACACGAGACACGAGAACAUCCACCGCGAGGAGAAGCCGUUCCACUGUUACAUAUGUUACAAACCGUUCAAUCGCGCCGACCACGUGAAAAAACACUUCUUGAGGAUGCACCGGGAGCACGGAUACGAGUUGUCCAGGAUACGGAGACCGGCGGGAUCGACGGCGCCCAAGCCCCUUCAGCAAGAGUCCGGAACGGGGAGCGGCGCAAACGGGGGCUGCAACAGCAAGAGCCAUCUCAAGGGAGGAUCGAAAGGGGCCCAGGAGCGGAGGUACACCUGCUGCUAUUGUUCUUGGAGUGGCGUAGACAACUGGUGCCUUAAACGGCACUUGAACACGCAUCUGAAACCGUUCGCGUGCACCUUGUGCGAGUACAAGGCCGCACGCGCCGAGCGUCUAGCCACCCACGUGUUGAAGGUGCACAACAGACGACAAUGCUCAAGAUGCUCGUUCCUUGGCGAAGAUGCGGCACAGCUUCAGAUGCACCAGCUGCAUGUGCAUCGCGUCAGCAGUGCCAACGCACCCGCGUCUUCCACGGCCCAAGCUGCUCCACCACCGACCAAUCGUCAUCAGCAACCUUUACAUCCCGCGGGAGGAGGCCGACCACCACCUGGUCCGCCAGUUUUUCCAGCCCCAGCACCGGCCAUAGCACCUGCUACCACCGUGAUACCACCGACAACGAUACUCGGCCACGAGAUGGUAAACUCCCCUGCAACUGCAGCGACAAUGGCGUACCCGACCUUGGAGGAGGAGAGGCGGUCGAGCGGUGACGGGCCCGGCCACGACCAAGACCAGCGUCGUCGCCAUCGUCACGCCAACGACGACGCCAACCACGUCGAUCACCGUCGAUCAACCGAGAUACGGAGCCGCGGCCACGGCUCGUCCCGAGCCGUUUCCGCGUCGUCGUGCCCCGUCGAGCAACAACACGACGUUGUACACGACGACGAACCGUGCACCGGUUGUACCAAUCACCACCACAACCACCAUCACCACCACCACCACAACCACCACCAUCACCUCACUUCCACUAUACUUAAUCGUGAUUUUGCGCACAGCUACCGAGCCGUUCCCGAAGAGUGCAAUGGCCCCUCCUCCCAAUCCACGGGGGCCUCCACGUCCUUCGAUUGCGUCUGGCCGGUCGAAAACAUCGAGAGGAAACCGGGCGUGAGGCAGAGAUCGAGAAAGCAGAGCCAGCCGAGGAAGGUAACCUGGAACCAAGACUUCGACGACUCGUUCGAAGAAUCGGGCGAAGGGGCGGAGGAGCAAGCGAAGAAAGAGGAAAUAGAAGAAGAAGAAAAAGCGAGCCCCGAGGCGUCGAAGAAGUCGCCCGAGAAACAGUUGGACGAGUUGAAGGAACGUUACCGCCUUCAACUUACUAAACGAAAUUUGCUCAAGUGUCGGCUCUGCCCUGACGACGCCCCGGCCAGAGGGACGGUUUGCCAACCGUAUCACACUAAGGCUUCUCUAACUCUGCACAAAUUGUGGAGACACGACAAACGCAAGAGGAGCCUGAAUACGACCCCCGAGGAUCGCCCGUUGUCCCAGGUGUCGUCCUCCAUCACGUUGAAGGCGACGGUGUUCACCAACCCUGAAUACGUGUACAACAGAUAACAGUUGGUCUCGACAGGGAUAGACGAUCGCGAAGAUGGAUCUCGAAACGCAUUGGUUCUAGAUCGAGAGAUUCUUUGACCGGGUGGGAGGAUGAGAGU